UUCUCUCCAAGACUCCAACCUCACCCACUCAACUACUCUCUUUCUCUCUCUCAUUUUCACUCAGUCUCUCUCCUCUGGGAAAAAUCUUGGAGACCUCAAGUUUGAAAUCUAGAAACUUCAUUUGCUUCAUCUUUUUGAGAUCCAAAUUCUACAAUUCGAAGAUAACAAUUGUGGAAUUCGAUGGCGUCAAAGCUUCGUCAGCUGCAGUCAAAGGCUUGUCAGGCUACCCAAUUCCUCUCCAAACAUGGGGAAGUCUAUUAUAAGCAGCUGCUAGAGCAAAACAAGGAACAUAUCCAAGAGCCUGCCACUGUUGAGACAUGCAAUCGAUUGGCAAAGCAAUUGCUUUACACUCGCCUUGCCAGCUUACCUGGUCGUCGUGAGGCAUUGUGGAAAGAAGUUGAUCAAGUUAAGCAAGCAUGGAAGAAUAGAAAGGACAUGAAAGUUGAGGAGGUUGGAGUCGCAGCUUUGUUUGGAUUGGAAUGCUUUGCAUGGUAUUGUGCUGGUGAAAUUGUAGGACGGGGCUUUACCUUCACUGGCUACAAAGUUUAACUUCACAUCCCACAUCAUGUGACUUGCUUUGAGACAAGUUGGCUUCUUUCCAUUCUCUUUGUCCCCAAGUGCCUAGUUGAGUUGAAGAUUUUUGAGAAAUACCAGACACCAUCAGGAUUUUUGUAGUCAUCGAUCAAAGGAACGAAGUUCUAUUCCUUUGAAAUAUGUCUUCUGUUGCUCUCUCCCUCUCUCUUAAGAGAAAUUCACAUAAAAAGCAAACUUCAUACUCUGAUAUUUGGCCUGCUGAUUGCAAUGUAUUUGACAUUGAAUGGCUUAAUAGUGAAUAACUAUCUUCUUUA